GUGAUAGCUUGUGCUCUAAUCUCAGUCAACAAAGAUAACUGUCUUUUUUUUGCUCUCAUUGCUGCAAGAAAUCUGAUGUAAAAAAAAUGGCAUACAAUCUUCAAUCUCUCAUCACCAUCCUACAACAAAUCCUACAUCCUCAACAAACCCACUGGACUUUUGAUCACAACAAACCCCAACUCCAAUCCCUCCUCCACAAAGCUCAAUCUCUGAUCCAGAUUCUUGAAAAUUCUCCACACACCAAAGCAGCAAGUCUGGAAAGCCAAAUCAGAGAUGUAGUGUAUAAAACAGAAGACAUCAUUGAAUCACAGAUGCUUCAUCAAAUGCUCUCCAACCCAGAAAGCCAGAUCUUGACCUUCUCCACACCAGAUCUGCAACAACUAACUCAACAGCUUGAUUCUGCGCUGGCUUUCUUGCAUGAUCUGACACCAGAUUUGCUGGUGGAAUGUGAGGAAAAGAGUGCUUCUUCUUCUUCUUCCCUGAGGUUUAAGGGAGAUUUAGUGGGAGUUGACGAAGAUCUGUUGCAAUUGAAGGAUCGUCUCACGAAUGUGGAGAGGAAGCUGGAGAUCGUCCCCAUCGUUGGUAUGGGAGGUAUCGGUAAGUCCACCCUUGCUCGGAAUAUUUAUGAAGAUCCGUGUAUUGUGUCUCACUUUGAUUAUCGGGGAUGGGCUGCGAUUUCGCAAGUUCCCAACAUGCGGGAAAUUCUGUUUAGUCUUCUUCGUGGCCCGAGUGAAAAGGUCAGCGAUGAACUGGCUGGAUGCGGAGAUUAUGAGUUGAGAGAUAUAUUGUAUAAGCGGUUGUUUGAGCGAAGAUACCUGAUCGUGUUGGAUGAUAUAUGGAGCACAAAAGUCUGGGAUGUGAUAAGGAUGGGAGUCGAAUUGUGAUCACCACUAGAGAGUCUGAUGUGGCGGAACAUGUUGCAGGCUCGAAGAGUCUACAUCAUGUGCGGUUGCUAGAUGAGUUUGCGAGUCGGGAUUUACUUUGCCAGAUUGUGUUUGGGGAAGAGGAUUGCCCUGGCGAAUUGCAACUGGUGGCGGCUACGAUUGGGAGCGAUUGCAGUGGGCUUCCUCUUGCCAUUCAUGUGAUCGGAGGGCUCUUGUCAAAGGUCGAAAGAUCAAGAGAUGUUUGGUAUAGUUUUUCAACAGAUGUAAAAGCUUCAAUUGUUGAAUCGGACGAGCAUUUCUCCAGUAUACUUUCCUUGAGUUAUAACCACUUACCGAUUCGCUUGAAACCAUGUUUCUUGUAUAUGGGAGCUUUUCCAGAAGAUUACGAGAUUAAGGGAUCUAGACUUAAGAGUAUGUGGAUAGGCGAAGGAUUUGUGAAAUAUAAUGGAGAUAAGAGUUUGGAGGACGAGGCCGAGGAUUACUUAAAAGCUCUGGUGGAGAGGAAUCUACUUUUCGUUAAACGAAAAAAGAAGAAUGGGAAACCAAUGAGUUACUCAAUCCAUGAUCUUUUGAGGGAUCUAUGCAUAAGAAAGGCUAACGAGGAGAAGUUUUUAAACGUCAAGAAUUCCUUGCGCCGUGUUAGUAUUCUCUCACCAUUUGGAAUAGAAGAUGUGUGUGCUUCACCCCGAUUGAUAUCAAGUGUUCGAUCUUUUAUAUGCGCGGAAAAUUGGUUUUUAUCUCCUAUCUUUUCCGCAUUAAGAUUGAUUCGGGUGCUAGAUGUAAUGAGCAAGGUUUUCCAAUUGGAAUAUCAAGAUUGCGGAAUAUGCAAACCUUGAUUUGUCAACAACCGACAACGCUUGGUUUGCCAUCUGAGAUAUGGGAGAUGUCUGAGUUAAGACAUCUUAAGUUGUACACACCAAUUGAAAUUGGGAAUGGAUACAACACAAGAUGUGCUUGUAAGAAACUGCAGACGAUUUACUUUGUGAGGAUAACUCCUUCUCUGAUUAGGAGUGGUUUCUUUGAGAUCAUCCCAAAUGUCAUAAAGUUAGGAAUCUAUUACAUCGACUCACCCGACACUGAAGUUGAUCUUAGCCAUCUCCACAAACUCGAAAAGUUAAGAUGCGAAUCUGAGUUGAAUAAAGACGGUAGCCGUUUUCUGCACCAACUCAGAUUUCCAUGUAAUAUUAGAAAGUUGAUUCUAGUUGGUUGUGUGGUGUUCCGGAGUUUCUUGACAACUCUAUGUGCGCUACAGAAUCUGGAAGUGCUCGUAAUAAGCGGUUGUGUGUUUGAAAGAGACGGGGAGGCAGAGGAAGAAGCGUGGGAGGUGACAGAAGGAGAUGAGUUUCGUUCGCUGCUAUGUCUGCGCCUCAUUUUCUUAAAUAUAGUGCACUGGAGAGCUGAUGAGACCAACUUCCCUAUUCUCCGGGAGUUGUAUGUAACCGGAUGCAAUGAUUUAGAGGAAAUCCCAUGCGACGUUGGAGAUAUCCCGACCCUCCAAGUAAUUGGCAUAAGUAGAUGUCGCGCUUCUGUCGUGGCCUCAGCACAACAAAUUCAGAAGACGCAACAAGAGGAGUACGAAAACUGCGACCUCAAAGUGGUUAUAGAAUAUUAGAAGCAAAAAGGUACAAAUGCUAAACUCCAAGCAAUCAAAAGUAUGCUACAUUUGUUCAUAUACAACACAGUCUAGUCCUUAAUAUUCAUUUUAAACUUACAUGUAUCGUUGGUAUACUUACUUGAUCAAGACUUGUGUGUGACUUUUGUAUGGUGUAACUGUUGAGACAUCUGAAGAUCUUUGUUUUUCUGUGGAAAUUCAUUUGGAUGACUGUUUGUUACAAAGAAGGAUGCAAACUAACUAGUCAGUUGGUUUUGUGAUUUUGCAUCCUUUGUUUUUAAUUUGGCAUCUCUGUAUAUUUUUAUUUUCCAACCAUUGCUCUGUGAUUCAGAUCUCCAAUUUUUUUAUUAGAAUUGAGAGUAUGUUGAGAUUACUCAUAUGGAAGGGAUAAAUAGAAAUGCAGAGAAAUUAUCAUUUCAUUUA